AUGGCUGAUCAAGGUUCUGUUCAGCUGCGUAUUCAAGAAAACCAUGUGGUGAUGGACAAUGGUAUAGUCCAAGUAACUAUAUCAAAACCAGAUGGCUUUGUCACCGGAAUCUCUUACCAGGGCCUCGACAAUCUACUAGAAAUCCACAAUGAAGAAUACAAUCGAGGGUACUGGGACCUUGUUUGGAGCGAAGAAGGGACGCCUGGAACCACCGGGAUAUCUGAGCGGAUCAAAGGCACAAGUUUUGAAGUAUUGGUGCAAAAUGAUGAACUGGUAGAGCUUUCUUUCACUAGGAAAUGGGAUUCUUCUCUCCAACCCAAAACCGUUCCCAUUGAUAUCGACAAGAGGUUCAUAAUGCGUAAAGAUGUCUCUGGAUUUUACUCAUACGCAAUAUUCGAACAUCUAGCAGAAUGGCCCGCUUUUAACUUGCCGCAGACAAGAAUUGUGUUCAAGCUUCGUAAAGACAAGUUUCGAUAUAUGGCAAUUGCUGAUAACAGGCAGAGGAAAAUGCCGCUGCCAGAAGAUAGAUUGGGUAAACGAGGAAGAGCCUUGGCUUACCCCGAAGCCGUUCUUCUUGUUCAUCCUGUUGAAGAAGAGUUUAAAGGGGAGGUUGAUGACAAGUACGAGUAUUCAUGCGAGAACAAAGAUCUGAAAGUGCAUGGAUGGAUCUCGUAUAAACCGGGUUUGGGUUGCUGGCAAAUCAUUCCUAGCAAUGAGUUCAGAUCAGGUGGCUUGUCCAAGCAGAACCUUACCUCUCAUGUUGGUCCAAUAAGCCUUGCGAUGUUUUUGAGUGCUCACUAUGCCGGUGAGGACAUGGUGAUGAAGGUAAAAGCAGGGGAGUCAUGGAAGAAAGUGUUUGGUCCUGUUUUUACUUACCUCAAUUCUUUGCCUGACGAAAUCUCUGAUCCUCUUUCGCUCUGGCAAGACGCAAAAAACCAGAUGUUAAUCGAAGUCCAAAGCUGGCCUUACGAUUUCCCGGCUUCAGAAGACUUUGCAGUGUCCGCUAAGCGUGGUUGCAUCAGCGGUAGAUUACAAGUACGUGACAACAAUGAACUUUUACCUGCAAAUGGUGCUUUCGUAGGUUUGGCUCCGCCAGGAGAGGUUGGAUCUUGGCAAACAGAAUCUAAGGGCUAUCAGUUCUGGACAGAAGCAGAUGCAGAUGGUUAUUUCGUGAUAAAUAAUAUUCGAGGAGGUCAAUAUGAUCUCAAUGCUUAUGUGGCAGGAUGGAUUGGGGACUAUCAAUACGAACAACCGAUUAACAUUACCGCAGGCUGCGACAUUGAUGUUGGCAAUGUUGUGUAUGAGCCGCCCCGAGAUGGGCCAACGGUGUGGGAGAUAGGGAUACCUGACCGCUCUGCAGCUGAGUUCUUCGUUCCAGAUCCAAAUCCCAAAUACAUCAACAAACUGUAUAUUGGUCAUCCUGAUAGGUUUAGGCAAUACGGGCUAUGGGAAAGAUACACAGAACUAUAUCCUACGGAAGAUUUAGUGUUCACCAUUGGCGUCAGUGAUUACAAAAAAGAUUGGUUCUUUGCACACGUUACAAGGAAAAUAGCAGAUGACACAUACCAAGAAACGACAUGGCAAAUCAAAUUUAAGCUCGAGAAAGUGCAAAAAAGUAGUAUAUACAAAAUCCGGAUCGCACUAGCAACUGCUAAUGUUGCAGAACUACAGGUGAGGGUGAAUGAGUAUGAACAAAACCCACUUUUCACAACAGGUGUAGUAGGGCACGACAACACGAUUGCAAGACAUGGAAUACAUGGAAUCUAUAGACUUUAUAAUGUGGAUGUCCCAAGUGAGAAGCUUGUCGAAGGAGACAAUACUUUGUUCUUGACACAAGCAAUGACCACCACUGGAGCUUUUAAUGGUGUCAUGUACGACUAUAUCCGCUUCGAAGGACCUCCUCCUUUAGAUUCAAACUUUCACUAA